GUGGUUAAUUUGGGAUUUUUCAUUUUUUUUGUGUGUGGAAUGGACGCACUUGGGGGUGGGCAUUGCGGGUUAUGGAACUGGAACCCGUUAUCGAGGAAACCGAGGCCGUCUCAACGGCGUCGUAUUCGGUCCAAUUCCGGUUCAACCGGCGGCCAGGGUUACAGGUUUCCGUUGAAACAGGCGGUGACCGCUGCUUCCCUUUCCCUCGCCGGCGACACAAUCGCACAGAUUAGAGACCGUUGGUGCAAAGCAAAGGCUGUUAAUAAGCACAGCAAUGACCCUCAGGAUGCGUUGAGCCAAAUUUCAGACCAUGAUUGGCUACGAGCGCUGCGAAUGACAUCUUAUGGAUUCCUUUUAUAUGGCCCUGGUUCUUAUGCUUGGUACCAAUGGCUUGACCGCUUUUUGCCGAAACCAUCGAUUCAGAACAUUGUGUUAAAGGUUUUACUAAACCAGAUUAUAUUAGGUCCAUGUGUCAUUGCUGUUGUUUUUGCAUGGAAUAAUUUAUGGCUAGGGAAGGUCAAAGAGCUUCCACAAAAAUACCAAAGAGAUGCUCUUCCAACAUUACUUUAUGGAUUUAGAUUCUGGAUCCCUGUCAGUGCAUUAAAUUUCUGGGUGGUGCCUCUUCAAGCACGAGUAGCUUUCAUGUCAAUGGGCUCAAUAUUUUGGAAUUUCUACUUGUCAUCAACCAUGACCAAGUAAAAUGCAUGCUGUGUUAGCAAUUUUGCAUUCUUUCAAAUCUUUACAAGAUUGAUCAGAGUCUAACCGAUUUGGGUGACGACAGAAAGGGGUAAAUGUGCAAAUGGCUUCCAUGCUAACAUUUGUCAAAUGUGCAAAAGAUUUUACCCUCUUCUGAGAAACUGAGGAUAGCAAGAGAACCAUUAUAAUUGUAAUUGUAAUUGGAACUUCUUCUUUUGCCCUUUUCCCAUGAAAAUUGGAGUAUAGGUAUUACCUAUCCCAGAAAGGAGAAAAAGAUGGAAUAUGUGUCAUCACAUGUGUUAUUUUUUAAUGGAAAUCUCACAUUUCUCAAGAGUACUGUGUGACAGUGUCACCCUCUUUACAAUGUUCUAAAGAUAAAUAGCAAUUUUGCUCUAUGGCACCUUUCAGAUGGGCUAAUAUAACUGAAUAAGUUUGUCUUUCUCAUUUUUGGAAUUUUAUGAUGUGCAAAAGAAUUACAAAUUAGCUAUGUGCUCCAAAAGAUUUUUAUAAGAAUGUUGUAAUAUUUCUUGAUGAUAACUAAGAAAUUAUAGAAGCAAUUUAAGUAUAAAAUGAAAAUAUGACAAAGUUGGAGGGAAAUAAGAUUUUCCCCAACUUGUGGCUUCUGAGUUUGUACUAAUGUUUUCCUAACUUGUGGCUUUUGAGUUUGUACUAAUGUUUUCCUAAUUAUAUAUAUAUAUAGGAUGAUUUUUUUCCCCCUUUAAAUGUGUGAAGAAUCUAUAAGCAAUAGAGGUGAUGAUAUUCGAUGGAAAAGAAAAAAAAAAAGAGGCGGAAAAAUCUGUGUAC